CACUCUAAAUAGAAUGUAUUGUAAUCUUUGCUCAGUCCAACGUGGUCCCUUCACCCGGGCUCCGCUCUUGCCUUCUCCACACUUGUUUGAUUUAUGAGGAAUCCAAGAUGAACUUGGAGCAGGAGAGGCCGUUUGUCUGCAGUGCCCCAGGCUGCUCCCAGCGUUUCCCAACAGAGGACCACCUGAUGAUUCAUAGGCACAAGCAUGAGAUGACUCUGAAGUUUCCCUCAAUAAAAACAGACAACAUGUUAUCAGAUCAGACUCCAACCCCUACGAGAUUCCUGAAGAACUGUGAGGAGGUGGGUCUCUUCAGUGAGCUGGACUGCUCCUUCGAGCAUGAAUUCAGGAAGGUUCAGGAGGAGGAGAACAGCAAGCGGAAUAUCUCCAUGCAUAAUACAGUUGGUGGGGCUAUGACAGGGCCUGGAGCUCACCAGCUGGGCAGCACUCGAAUGCCCAACCACGACACCAGUGUUGUGAUUCAGCAAGCCAUGCCUUCGCCCCAGUCCAGCUCAGUCAUCACACAGGCUCCUUCCACCAACCGCCAGAUCGGGCCUGUCCCAGGCUCUCUAUCGUCUCUGCUUCAUCUCCACAACAGACAGAGGCAGCCCAUGCCAGCCUCCAUGCCUGGGACCCUGCCUAACCCCACCAUGCCAGGAUCUUCUGCAGUCUUGAUGCCAAUGGAGAGACAAAUGUCAGUGAACUCCAGCAUCAUGGGCAUGCAAGGUCCAAACCUCAGCAACCCCUGUGCUUCUCCCCAAGUCCAGCCAAUGCAUUCCGAAGCCAAAAUGAGGUUGAAGGCCGCAUUGACUCACCACCCUGCUGCUAUGUCAAAUGGAAACAUGAGCACCAUAGGACACAUGAUGGAGAUGAUGGGCUCCCGGCAAGACCAGACGUCGCACCACCACAUGCACUCACACCCGCAUCAGCACCAGACACUGCCACCUCACCACCCCUACCCACACCAGCACCAGCACCCAGCACACCACCCCCACCCGCAGCCCCAUCACCAGCAGAGCCACCCACAUCAUCACUCCCAUUCCCACCUUCACACACACCCAGCACACCACCAGACCUCGCCACACCCGCCCCUGCACAGUGGCAACCAAGCACAGGUUUCACCAGCCACACAACAGAUGCAACCAACCCAGACAAUACAGCCGCCACAGCCCACAGGAGGACGUCGGCGAAGGGUGGUGGAUGAGGAUCCAGAUGAGAGGCGGAGGAAAUUUCUGGAACGGAACAGGGCAGCUGCCACCCGCUGCAGACAGAAGAGGAAGGUCUGGGUGAUGUCACUGGAAAAGAAAGCAGAAGAGCUCACCCAGACAAACAUGCAGCUUCAGAAUGAAGUAUCCAUGUUGAAAAACGAAGUGGCCCAGCUGAAACAGUUGUUGUUAACACAUAAAGACUGCCCAAUAACAGCCAUGCAGAAAGAAUCACAAGGAUAUUUAAGUCCAGAGAGUAGUCCUCCUGCAAGUCCUGUCCCAGCAUGCUCACAGCAGCAGGUUAUCCAGCAUAACACCAUCACUACGUCCUCAUCAGUCAGCGAGGUUGUGGGGAGCUCCACCCUCAGCCAGCUCACUACUCACAGAACAGAUCUGAAUCCUAUUCUUUAAAAUGCACGGGUCAGACCUUGCCUCCACAAAGAGCUGUAGCAUACCAUGCAUCCUUUUUCCUAAGGGCAUUUUUAGAAUUAACUCAGACCUGGAAGAUGCUUCAGCUCUUCAAAGACUGGCUUUCGUUUUUAUAGGUAUUACGGAAAUGUUGUCUUUUAUACUUAGUUAUAUAAGAAAAAAGGGAGUUAUGCAAUUAAUAUCUAUCAGCUUGGGAAAUGCGUUGGUGCUUUUCUCCAAUUUUCUGGUACCAGUUACUUGUUUAUAAACGGAACCUUUUCUGUAUAUAGCCAUGGUUUCAUUCUUAUCAGUCCAAGCCUUUGCCUGAAACAAUGAAUCUUGUCAAACUACAGCUUUAGCCAAAAUGAGGUAUAACUGAUAUCAAGUGAGAUGUAUCCACAGCAACCGGGUAGACAAUCUGAUGAUGUCAUAACUCAUGUUGAGUUUGUGCUGUGAUGUCAUCAGAAUCCCAGAUAAACACAUGACCAUCUCAAGGAUCCAUCGAUAUUCUAAUAAAACCACCAAGCCUCUCACCCUCUCCCCUCCUCUUGGUCCACUUGCUCCAAUGUCCACUUUUCUUCUCCACUUCCAUUUCCCUGGAGCCCCUGUUUAAUCUUCAUUUUAACUUUAUUUUGUUUCACUUUUCCCCCUUUAGCAUUGUAUGUGAAGAAAAUAAUAUUUAAAGAAGAAAAAAAAUAUCAAAUCUUGCAAAUGUGGACCGAGCUGUUGCUGCAUUCAUGUUUAACCCGCAGCUGGAGUUCAUUCAACUCCGCCUUUUACAAAAUAGUAACCAGGAGAUGUUUAAUGUGCCUGAUUUAAUGUUUUUAAUAAUCAGAGCAAAUAAAAGGUGGUUUGUUAUAAGUGAAGCACUGUUGAAUGCCAGCUGUGGAGACACUAGGGAAGGGAGCUUUGUAAGCCCAAAUUGUGAACGUUCAAGUUAGGAUGUGGGGCCAUAACAUCACACCCUUGAAUUACAACUGAUUUUCUAUAGCUUGUCCAUAAUGUUAAAAUCCAUGCACUAUAUAAUAAUUCAGAAGGGCUCUGUUCACUACACAGAUUAUAUUGUUCAAUCAUCAGCUGCUAAUAGCCUAAGAUUUAUUAUUAUUAUUUUUUUAAGCCUAUGGAACCAGCCCUGCUGUUCUGGUAGGAGGAAGCAGACUCACUCCUGGAGAAACAAAGAGAAAAACAAGUCCAGUGUUUCUCCAGGGUGCUCUCUGCCUGCCAGAACGGUAACAGCUUCUUUGGCUGCUGAGUCCCAUGGAGGUGACCAGGCCUCUGCACUCUUCUGAAUAAUUCUGAUUUAUAUUUUCAGCAACUUCCAUGGACUGACUCAUUAUAAAAAGCAGAUAGAACCCAAACCACAGUUGUGCCUCCUUGAAAAAAGCCAUUCUACUGUGCUAGUGUUUUAAUAUCAUGUUUCACAAAUAAUAGGGGCUAAUGUUACUUGCUAGUCUAGGCAGGUGCUGAUGUUUCAUCUCUGUUUGAAUGGUUCACUCUUAACAUGUGUGUGUGUGUGUGUGUGUAUGAGUAUAUGUGUGUGUGUGAGGGUGUGCGUGCACAUGCCUGUGUGUGUGUGUUUAUGAACAGUAUAGGUUUUAAAAGAACAGUAUUUUACAAAAGGUGUCACUUUUCUAAGACUUUCGAAUAGGAAGAAUGUGCUUUUCCUCUCACUCUAAUUUAAAAUUCUAUUUUGGAGAAAAAAGAAAAUAUGAGGGCUGUGAAGCAUGAUUUUUAUAACUAGUUUCAGUUUUAACUAACAACUUACUUUUUAAAUCAAUAUUUAUCAACAACUUUUCCAUGUGUGCAGUGUUUUUGAAAGACAAUUUUGGCUGUUCAGUAAAACUUAAGAUUUGCUUAUAUGGUCUAAGAAUCAAAACAAAUGCAAAAGCAGACAAACAAAAAAGAAUAAAGUGAAAAGAGUAAAAAAAAAUAUGCAGGCAAAAAGAAUUUUUAUUGUAUUGUAGGAAAGCAUAUCAUUUCCAAGUAUUUUAAAUACUGAAUUAAUUUUUGCUAUUAUUUUUUUAAUUCCAGAAGCAACGGAAUGGUUUAAGUGGACUUUGUAUGAAAUGUUUUAAGACUUAGUUUUUAAAAGACGUUGAUAUUUCUAUCUCUAUUUUGAAAUCAAAAAUAAUUUCUUCAAAAUUCCUUCUGUAGACCAUGCGUGUGUUGUGCUCCUCUCUAAAGACAGGGGGCGAGUUGAAAUGAUUGUCUUCACUUUUUAACUUUUAUUCUAUGUUUGCUUUAAGUAAACAAAACCCGUCUUUACUGCAUGCAUAACAUUUAAUUAAAUGUAUUUUUAAUACACUAGUAAUAUCAGAAUGUCCAGGGAGUAAUACGCCAGCAAAAUUACAAUUUCUAGUUUUACUUAUCUUCCACCUCUAGAGAUAUUUAGUUGUUAAACUGAAAGCCUGUGCAGUUAAGAACUUGCCUAAGUUUUCAUAAUUCAGCACCUUGACAGCUUGAUUGAUGUGCAUUAUUUAUAACUCAAUUAUGCGUGUUUUUUAUGCUAAGUAUGCAGGCCAACCACACACAGUUAGCAAACCUUCCUCAACAUAUAAUUAGAAGAAACUGCCUUCUUGUUACAUGCAGGGCCUUUAGGUAUGUUCAUUCAUACCGUGGACUUGCACUCAGUAAGGAUGCCAGCUUGCUAUCAGGGCUUUCUAAAACACCAAGGAGAAAGAAACUUUGUUGGUAAACUCCUACUCCCUAUUUAUCUGUAGUAAAGAGUCCACAUAAAGAUCCAGCCUUUUACCCAGUCACAGAUCCCACCUGACAUGCCCCCUGCACUGCUUGCUGUACACCUACCAUUCUAGGAAAGCAUCCUUUUAAUCCCAUUCUCUUCUCCCAGCCAGUUACUGUGUCACCCAUGCAUACUUUUGGAAAUCAGUGGCAAUGGUCCUUGGAGCUCCCAUCUCCAAAGAGAGGAAGGACGGUCCGACAGCACUGCCUUGCAUUCCUGUGUGGCUUGCUAUAUCACAGGAUCUGCCUCUGAAGUCCCUGCCAGCUUCCUGGGCACUUCUCCAACACCUCCCCUCCUGAUGUGUUGGGAGCUAAUAAUGUAAAUAGUACACCUGAGACCAUGUCUUCCAGGUGGGUCCCCACUGAGAUAAGAGCCUACCAUCCCAAUUGCUUCUCCUUGACAUGUUUCUCAAUCUGUGAUGCUAGGACAGGUAGAGUGAAAAAUCCCAGUCCUAGAAGAAUGUACUAGUUUCAAAGCUAGAUGUCUUCUCCUACUCAUCAUUUCCUGCACCCCAAGACAACCUGUGCAAGUCAUCGUUUUUACACAGCCCAAGGGAGACCAGUAGUAUGUGCGCUGUCAUGGUACAUGCUGUAGCAAUUUGGUGACUUAUGUGGAGCCUAUCUAGUCAAUAAACAAAAUGUAGUAUGUACUCUGAGGGAGGUGUCAGUGGUAAAUGUUCAGGUGGCUGUUGUCUGCUAGUAAAGUAAAUGUUAGUGGGAUAGUUUGUCAUUAAAAUCAUAAACCAGCUAUGGUAAAAGACCAGCCUUUGGUUGGGAAUUUUUAAGCAUCAGUAACUGCUACAAAACUAGCCUUCCAGAUAGGAUAGAAUGUGCUUCUUGCUGAUUAAUAAAACCAUCUAAGAAAAUAUAUAUGUAUGUAUGUGUGUAUACAGUGGAAUUCAAGGACCAAAGCAAAAUUUGAACAGGAAUCUAUUAAUUUAGAAUUUUAUAAGCUAUUUAUUAAUAAAUGUUAUUUUUAAACAUUC